UCCUCUUUCUCUCUCUCUCUCUCUUCCUGUUUCAUAAGAGUUAGAAAAUAAUUUGUUUACAAAAAAAAUGAUAUAUAAUCUUUAUCAGUCGAUUACAUUGACUUGAAAUGUCAAAUCACGCCUAUUUGCAAUGUUAUAGAUACUUAUAAACAUUCGUCACGUGAUUAAACUCCCCUAAUACGUGCGAUAUGUGCUGUUCACGAAUAUUAGUAUCCUGACGUUCGAACGUACGGAUCAGUCCGUUAGCAACCGUUGAAGAGUGACUAACAGAAAUUUUUCGUGCUCUUACGGAAGAAAAAAAAUUUCGAAGUGGACAACAAUUAUUGAAGUCAACGUGAGUCGUAGAAAAAAGAAAGGAAGAUCGAACAUUUCUCACCUGAUAUUGAUAGAGUUGUCAAGAAAACUUUAAUAUGCUGACUGCUUUAUUCUGCAUUUUGUCGAUCCUAUGGAUCCAGAAGACAAUGGCAAGCGUGCUUGUUGCUGAUACAACAAUGUCCAGAAUGGUAGAAUUAAAUGCCGGCGAACCAAUAUGUUCUCUUUACAAUGAUCGCGGUGUGAUCCAGAAAAUGAUAUUUGGCGCAGAUCCGAAGAAAGUUCGACAAAUGCCGAGCAAUCUUGUUGCCGAUCUCGAAGAGACUUGUUUGGCUUCGAAAGAAAACAAUCGAACACCAGGAGGUGGAUUGAUAUAUCCUGGAACAAAAUGGUGCGGACCGGGAAACGUGGCAGCUUCUUAUAACGAUUUAGGUCAUCAUGCGGCAGAAGAUGCAUGUUGUAGAGAACACGAUCAUUGUCCAAUAGCGAUAUCAUCUCAACAAUGUAUACAUGGUAUAUGUAAUAAUUCACCUUUCACACGUUCGCAUUGCGACUGUGACGCCAAAUUUCGAAGAUGUUUGCAAAAUCUUAAUACUGAGGUUGCCAACACUAUCGGUGCUCUUUUUUUCAAUGUUAUACAAGUGACUUGUUUCAAAGAGAGACGACCGUGCUCAGAAUGGCAAAGGAAUGGUUAUGCCGAAGCGGUGUCAAAUAGAUUAUGCUCACAGUACAAGUUCCGACCAAGUGAAAAAUACGUGCCAUUAAUGCCAUUGAAUAUGAAUAUAUGAAUUCGGAAACAGCGAAAGGACAACCCGGGUGGUGGUUAAAAAAAAAAAAAGAAAGAAGAAAGAUGAUAGAUCGCUAGAAUUAAUGACCACGACGGGAAAC